GAUUUCCACCGCUCAGCCAAUCAACAGGGAGAAACGCACCUGGCGCAAUCAGGGCGAGCAUUGAACAUUUCCCGCCAAUCAACUGGAGAGGGGCAAGAUGGCGGCGGCGAACAAAGUGGACUUGAGAAUGGACUUCAUGGAGUCGUCCAUCCAGGUCCUGCAGUGUGGAAUCUGAUUCUGUCCUGCUUAGCCCUGUUGAACAAAACUACCCAUACAACGAGGUCUUCCCUGAACCCACUGACUGCAACGCAGCUCAAUGCCCCAUACACCAACGCUACGACCCCUCCAGACACCAGUCAAGCCCACAACUUUGACAACCCCCUGUAUAUGCUGGCACCCAUACACAACAUCUAUCUCCAUGAGGAGGCAGAAGAGUUUCACCCAGUCGGAGAGAGUUCCAUCCGCUCGCCUUCUCUCUCCCGGCUGUCCUUUGACACCCCUGAUGAACAUCUGCCCAACAUCUUUGGCAGCUUUGAUGAUCAGAGGGUCAUUUCUCAGGGGAUUCAGCACCGCCACUUACUUUUUUUAAGAAGUAUGGCGCAGAGCAUGGAGGCCAGGAUCUUGCUGCAGAGAGAGGGGACAGUUGGAGACGUCAGGUCUUACCAGCCUGAAGAUUUCCUGCUAUGUGAAGGCGGUGAGCCAACGCAGAUCGGAGACACAAUUUACUACAGUCUGCAGAGCCCCAAACUCCCAGGAAGGGUGCUCGGUUUAAGGGUUCACAAACAGACUGAUGAAACCUCUUCUGCUCUCACAAAACCCCAGCCAUCACAUGUCAAUGUGCGAGAUGUUGUUACUCAUUUCCAGCCAAGACACACCCUCAUGACUGAUUCCAGUAAUUAGAAACUCAGGAUCCCUUUUGUCUCUCGAAGUCAGACUGCACUGCUGCUGAACCACCAGGAGGAGACAGCACUGAGUUUGCCACAGAAUGUAUGAACAUUAAUCUGUUCUCAGUCCAGUCUCUCCUCCAGAAAGGUUGCUCGGUGAGCAUUGAGAGGGACCUGCCACACACCACUCUGAAGGAAUUUGUCCGAGAGAGUCACUCGCUGCAAAGUGAGGGUUGUUUGGACUAUGACAGACAGGUGUGUAUUCUGCUGCUGCAGAUAUUAAUAGGCUCGCAAAAUCUAUGCAACAACAGUGGCUCUGUGGCUGAUCUCAGACCACAGGGGAUCUUUUUGUUGUGGCCCAACAGAGAAAAGGAUGACAGAGAUGACAAGGAUGCUGCUGGAGGGAAGAAAGGUGACAAGACAGAAGAAGAAAUGGAGUUACAAAAGAGAGGAGGAAAGGGAAAGAUCCAGACGGUGUGGAGGAUUCAUGGUUCACCUUGUGUGGUGUUAACCCCGCUGUCUUCUGUUAUUUCUGUAUCUCACCCCCUCACCUACAUCAAAUCUGAAAUCAUUGCCCUAAUUCAAUAUUGCCUCCACUCGCAAGAGUCUACCAUGUCCUCAUACCGAACAGGGCUCCUUCAUCUGUCCUCUCUGCUCCAGGGUGAGCACAGCGCUCCUCAGGUGGCAGACAUGGUCAUCAUGCUGCAGAUGCUCCUCUGGGGACCAGGAGUCCCACUCUUCACUGAAAGAGGUCAUCUGACCACAGCUGUUCACAACUGGCUGACAUUAAAGCGAGCCCUGCUGGUGAUGAAGUUUGCAGAGAGAGGGCUGAUCCGGGAUCAGUCAGUUCUGGACUGGGAGGACUUCAUGUUUCUGCAGUAUGUGUCAUUUACGGAUCCUGAGAUCAUCAUAAGCAUGGCCAGUCAGCUAUGGCUCAGCGUAAACUUGGAAUGAAAUAUACAAUGUGUGAACAUUCAUGCCUUAGAGUGAAAUAGGUAUUUAAAUGAUUUAGUUCAACAACAUUUAACCGUCAUGAUGUACAGCUGUGAAAAAAUACACAAAAUACAGAAUGUG